GUAUUCAAAUUCAAAGCUCAUGGGUGGAGACGGGGUGUGCAAAGGUGCAUAAAUAGGCAGGAGGGAGCGUGGUGCUCUCAGUGUGACCGGGAACACCUUCGCACCCCGGCAGGCACCUGGCUGAGCACACACGGAGAAGCCAUGGAGAAGAGUUACGUGUCCGUGUUCCUGCUGCUCAUGGCCAUCUCCUGUGUUCUGGCAAAGGAUGUAGGCAAGAAGGAGUCGAAGGAAACUAGCACUAAACCAAAACUGCCUCAGACACUCUCCAGAGGUUGGGGGGACCAGCUCAUCUGGACGCAGACGUACGAGGAAGCCCUCUUCCGCGCCAAGAACAGCAACAAGCCCCUGAUGAUUAUCCACCACUUGGAUGACUGCCCACACAGCCAAGCACUCAAGAAGGUCUUUGCUGAACAUAAGGAAAUACAGAAACUGGCUGAAAAAUUCAUUCUCCUGAACCUUGUGUAUGAAACCACAGACAAGAACCUUGCACCUGACGGCCAGUACGUCCCUCGGAUUUUGUUCAUCGAUCCUUCCCUGACUGUGAGAGCAGACAUUACUGGAAGAUACUCAAACCGUCUCUAUGCAUAUGAGCCCUCUGACAUUUCCCUGUUGUAUUCAAAUAUGCAGAAAGCACUGAAGCUGCUGAAGACUGAGCUGUAAGGAGAAGGAGGAUGCCCUGAAAGACCACAAAGUCUGGUUUUCACCUCUUCUCCACUCAUUGACACUGCUGAAGAGACUAUUUAGUGAUAUUUAGUGAUGCAUAGUGCUGGUUCAUAAACAUAAACUCUAGUUUUAUGUUAGCACUUUUGUACAGGGCAACAUUUUUAAAAGCUGGAGGCUUUUAAUUUAAGACAUACAGGAGAAUACUGUAUGACCCAAUUGUACAAAUGAUUUUUUUUAAGUAAAUCCAUUUCAAGUGUUUA